CCCCUCGCUUGCUCGCUCGGGCCGGCGCCGGGAGCCCCGGAGCCAGAGCUCGGGCGGCUGCGGAGCGGCCGCGCCGCCCACGGGAGGAUGCAGAAGUAGCGGCGCCGGCUCCGCCGCCCGCCCUCGGGUUUGACUGAUGUGUGUCAAAAAUGGAAGUUUAUUUUUAUUUGAGACUAUUAUCAAAAACAGGGGAAAAUAAAAGAAUGAGGAACAGUUCAAAGUUCCAAUGGUUAUCAUCAGUUAUUUUUUUAUAUUUCGUGAACCAAGCACAUGGCCAGAAAAGAGGGGUUCCUCAUGAUUUAAAGUGUAUAACCCAUAACUUAAAGGUAUGGGAUUGUUCCUGGGAAGCCUCCUCUGAAAUAAACCAUGGUACUACUUAUGAAAUUUGUAUUGUAAACAGUUCUUAUCCCUGUAUUCGGACAGAGAAAACACAUUUUGAGAUUCCAGCUCUUCCACUUGAUGAUCAUGAAAUAAAAAUAAGUUCCAUGCAUGUUUCUGGGAAUUCUGUUACUAAAUUUAUCCUAAAUGAAAGAAAUGUUUCCUUAGUUCCAGCCACAUUACGGAUUUUUAAUUUGACGGCUGAUUUUUCAACCUCUACGUUGUACCUACAGUGGAAUGACAGUGGCUCUGUUUUUCCCCAUCACUCAAAUGUCAUCUGGGAAAUUAUUGUCCUAUAUAAAGAAGACAUGGAAGUUGCAACAGUAGCAACAUAUAAUACAACUCUGAUUGGUAAGGAUUCAGUCCAUCACUGGAGUUGGACCUCAGAUAUCCCUCUGGAAUGUACUCUACAUUAUGUGAAAAUUAGAUAUUAUAUUGAUGAACUUCAUUUUUUUGGUCAAAAAGUGUGGAGUGAAUGGAGUCCACUUAGAAAUAUUUCAGGACCUCCCAUAAAAGAAAAUAAUGAGGUUUUUCCUAAAGACAAAGUGGUACCAGUAGGUUCAAAUAUGACAUUUUGUUGUGUUGUUGAGGAACCUGUCUUAACUGCACAAUUUGGAAGUGAAAGAUGUUCCCUUAUCCGUCUUGAUGAUAAAAGUGUUGCAAUCAAGAUCAACAAUAUUACCAUUUCUCCAAGUAGUGGAACAAAUGUCGUUUUUUCAACAAAGUCAAACAUGUAUGGAACAGUUGUAUUUGCAGGAUAUCCACCCGAUAUCCCUAGAAAACUGAACUGUGAAACACGGGAUUUGAAAGAAAUUAUAUGCAGUUGGAAUCCAGGAAGACCAACUGGGUUGGUUGGCCCCCGUGAUACAAAUUAUAUCCUGUACGAAAGAUUUUCUGGAAGAAAUGUUACAUACAAUAGAGAUGAAGAACACAUGAAUGAAAACCAUCAGUUAAUCUUUCAAAUGAUAACUGGUCAGGAAAUAUAUAAUUUCACCUUGAAAGCUAACAAUCCUGUGGGUAGAUCUGAAGCAGUAAUUUUAGUUGAUAUAACUCAAAGAGUUUAUCCUCAUACUCCUUCAAAACUCAUUGUGAGGGACGUUGAUUCAACUGCCAUUAUUCUCUAUUGGCACUUAUCUGGCAAUUUUGCAAAUAUUAAUCUUUUAUGUGAAAUUGAAAUUAAUACAACUUAUUCAGGGCAAGAAUUGCGGAACAUCACUGUUAAAGGAUUAGAAACCUCUAGUUAUCAUGUUUCUGUGGACAAGUUGAUGCCAUAUACUAUGUAUACUUUCCGGGUUCGUUGUUCUUCUGAGAACUUUUGGAAAUGGAGCAAAUGGAGUAAUGAAAAGCAAUACUUAACCAUGGAAGGAAUUCCUUCAAAAGGACCAGAUAUCUGGAGAGAGUGGAGUGCUGAUGGGAAAAGUGUAAUAAUAUACUGGAAGCCCUUAUCUAUUAAUGAAGCGAAUGGAAAAAUACUUUCCUAUGAUGUGUCAUAUUGGUCAGGAGAAGAAGCACAGUACCUUUCUGAGAUUCCUGAUCCACAGAAUAAAACAGAAAUAAAACUUGACAGAAGUGAUUGCAAUGAUUACAUCAUUAGUGUUGUGGCCAAAAAUUCAGUUGGAUCAUCUCCACCUUCUAAGAUAACUAGUAUGGAAAUCCCAAAUGAAGACCUCAAAGUAGAGCAGAUUGUUGGAAUAGGAAAUGGCAUAUUAUUUCACUGGAAUUAUGAUCCCAACAUGACUUGUGACUAUGUCAUAAAAUGGUGUAACUCAACUCGAUCUGAACCCUGCCUCAUUGACUGGAAAAAAUACCCUGCAAAUAGUACUGGAGCUCUCAUAGAAUAUGAUAAUUUUCGAUCUGGAACACGCUAUAACUUUUUCCUCUAUGGCUGCAAAAAUCAGAAAUAUCAGUUAUUACGUUCAAUAGUUGGAUAUACAGAAGAACUGGCUCCCAGCGUUGCACCAAAUUUUACUGUGGAAGAGACCUCUGCAGAUUCAAUACUAGUAAAAUGGGAAGACAUUCCUGUUGAAGACCUUAGAGGAUUUUUAAGAGGAUAUUUAUUUUACUUUGAAAAAGGGGAGAAAGGCACUUCUAAAAUCCAAGGUUUGGAAUCAGGGCGUUCUGAUGUGAAAGUUAAGAAUAUUACUGAUGUAACACAGAAAACACUGAGAAUUGUCGAUCUUCAAGGGAAAACAGGCUACCACCUGCUCUUGCAGGCGUAUACAGAUGGUGGAGUAGGUCCAGGAAAGGCCAUGUAUGUGGUUACAAAGGAAAAUUCUGAGGGAUUAAUUAUCGCCAUUCUCAUCCCUGUGGCAGUGGCUAUUUUUGUUGGAGUGGUAACCAGUAUUCUUUGCUAUCGUAAAAGAGAAUGGAUUAAAGAAACUUUCUAUCCUGAUAUUCCAAAUCCAGAAAAUAGUAAGGCAUUGCAGUUUCAUAAGAGCAUCUGUGAGGGAAACAGUGCUCUGAAAACGCUAGAAAUGAAUCCUUGCACUCCUAAUAAUGUGGAAGUGGUAGAAACAAGAUCAGCGGCUCCUAAAAUAGAGGAGGAUACAGAAAUCAAGUCCCCAGUAGCUGAUGGUCCUGAAGAAGGUUCUGAUGUGGAGCCUGAAAACCAUGUGGUUGUCUCCUACUGUCCACCAAUCAUUGAGGAGGAGAUUGCAAAUGCUGGAGGGGAGGAAGCUGGAGGCUCUUCACAAGUCAUUUAUAUUGAUAUUCAAUCAAUGUACCAACCUCAGGCAAAACCAGAGGAAGAACUAGAGAAUGACUCUGUAGGUGGAGCAGGCUAUAAGCCACAAAUGCAUCUGCCAGUUACCUCUGCUGUAGAGAACAUAAUUGCAGCAGAUGACUUAGAAAAAACUGCAGGCUACAGACCUCAGACAAAUGUAAAUGCCUGGAAUUUAGACUCUCCAGACUCUCCUCGGUCCAUAGACAGCAACAGUGAAAUUGUGUCCUUUGGAAGCCCAUGUUCAAUUAAUUCGCGGCAGUUUUUGAUUCCCCCAAAGGAUGAAGAAUCUCCUAAAUCUUCUAAUGGAGGGUGGUCAUUUACAAAUUUUUUUCAAAACAAACCAAAUGAUUAGCAAUAGCAUCAUGUUGCAUCAGUCCACCAUCUCAAUAAGCUCUGACUCCUGGGGUUGUAAUAACAGCAGCACUGGUUAUUCUUGGAGGCCUCCGGUGGAGUAUAUUUUUAGUGAGAUGAACUUUACCACAUGUAAGUUACACUGAAAGUGUUAAUGUUGUUUUACUGUAGUCUAAAAGCCAAAGUAUAGCAACUCAGUAAUUCAAUUCAUGUUAUCCAAGAUACUGGAUUUGGAUCUAUUUGUGAUUCCAGCCAAAGAAGCCUCACUUACUUUACCAUCAAAUAGCACUUUCAGAUUGAUUAUUGCUUAAUACUUUAGAAAAUACCCAAACUGUUUUACAUUCAUUCACUAAUCUCUUUUUGUUAUUUGUAUGUUAUUGAAUCCCAACCAGAAUGUUUGAAAUUGUAGGCAGGGGGGAAAAGUGUGAAAUGUUCAGAUUAACAGAGAAUUACUUGACUGCAACUUGUUCAAAUCUAGACAAAAGCCAAGGACAGAUCAAGUAACAUAAGACCAUUUUCUCUGUAAUUAACAUAGCUUUUAAAACGUAGCAGCAGCUAUUUUAGUUUCUUGUUUGAUAACUAGGUAUCUGUGCCUACUGUAUAAUAGUUAUCAAAUUGUUGACUCAGGGGCACAAACUUGGAAAAUGAGUAAAACACUGACUUAUGCCACAUUUCUGAAUAUGGCUUUAGCAGGUUCUUUUCCCCACUAAUUUUUAACUCCUACUUGUAAUAGGGUGCCCUAAUGUAUAUCUUUAAUAAUCUAUAAUAUCAGCACUGUAUAGCUAAGGCAUUAUGUGCAAGCAAACCCAAACUCUUGACAUUUAUUUUGUAAAAGUGCCAGUUUUAUAAAUGUGUGAACAAAGCACACACUUAAAUGUAAUCCUUUAGCAUUAAUUGCACUAAUUUUCCAUUUAAGACUAUUCUUAUCAGCAAGAUUUAGCCAAACCAGUCUCUACCACAGGUAAUAACAAUUAGCAUUAGUUCUUCAUGAAGAAAUGAUUCUAUUAAUUUUCUCUUUAAACAGUGAGCCACAAAUUAAAGCUAUUUAGUAUGGGCGUAUGAUCUAUUUCUUAAUUGUAGUCUAACAGUUACUUUUCUUAAAUAGAUCAUCAGUACCAUCUCCUUGGUGGAAUACUUAUUGUUUUCAAUGAAAAAUUAACUGGUUUUUUUUGUUUUAAAAUGAUCACUUGGUGGCUAUUUUAUAGUAAAUGUCAUGAAAAACCUCAAAGUCAAACUCAAUUUGGGUGAAUUCUAUUAAGCAUCACAGAAGUAAACUUGAGUAAGUAAGCUCGAGUGCCCUUAUAACAUAAAGAAUCAUUUCACCCUCCCAAGUUUUCAGAAACAACUGCUUUUCUGGGAAAUGACUCCUUUAAAAGUUUCAUGUAGGUGAUGUUUCUCUUCGGUGUAACCUCUUUUUAGCUUUUUUUUCCUCUCUCUCUUCUACCCUGCUUUCCUCCCCAUGAAGCUUUUAGACUCUCUACAACUCAUCAUCUAAAUACUUCUCUCCCCAGGCCACAGCUUGAUAUAAUUCCCACUCCAACUUUUACAUAACUUAUAAUGCAACUUUAUGUAUCCAGCAUCUUAUUUCUUCAGGGCCAAGCUAUCACUAUUUCAAGGUGAUAGUGAACUAAUCUGAGCUAAUAGGAAGAAAAGUACAUCCCCAAACUUCUCCCUAUAUUUAAAGUAACAGAAAUAUAUUGUAGCAUUGGCCACCUGAAGACAUUGCCCUUUCUUCCUUGUCUUAAGCAAAGAAGUGAUAGUAAAGUUGAAAAUUUUAGGCCAGGUUAAGAUGUAAUGAUGUGGUAGUCUGUUAGAAGAGUUUGGGGCAGGUCAGACUUUAAGAGACUGAUCAUCACACUGGUAGAUGAUUCCCUACUACCCAUUCAUAAAGUCAAUUCACAUUAGAAAAUUUUAACUGUAAUAGGUUUAUCCCAUGUUGAUUGAAUAAUACCAUACUUUGAAACAUAGUUAAAGCGUUAGAACAUUUCUGGAAUUGUAACCCAAAUUGUAUAUUUUCAAAUGAUUCUCCUUUGCAUACCAGAGUCAAACAACUUAUUAGCAAUAGUUAGCAUUUAUAUACUGCUUUAAUGUUUGUAAAACACUUUAUAAAUAUUAUUUUAUUUGAUACAACAACCCUGGGAGAUAGGUGCUAUUAUUAUCCUGAUUUUUUUACAAUUGAGGAAACCGAGGCAAACAAUGGUUAAGUGACUUGUCCAAUGUCACACAGCUAGUAAAUGUCUGAGGCCAGAAUUGAGUAUAGGCUUCAUGACUCCGAGUCCUACAAUUUUGGAUUACUGUAAACUGGUAAUUCCAUACCAUCCAUAGGGGGGGGAAAAAUUGAUCAGGAUAUCAAAUUUUGACAUUUUACAUUUCCCAAAGACAGUAGGGCACAGUGAAUAUAAAGGCCUGACUUUACUGUCAGGAAAACCUGAGCUCAAGUCCAUCCUCUGACAUAUAGUGGCCAUAUGACCUUGGGCAAAUCAUUUAAUCUCUCAAUGUCCCCAGCCAACUCUCUAAGACUAACAGUUGCUGGUUGGCUUUGGUAAAGGGAGUUUGAUUACCAGGAAUCUCCCUGUACUGAUGAAAUCACAUAUCUGGGCAAAGCAUAUGUUUCAUAUUGUGUAAAUUAUUUCACCUGUUUUAAAUUAAAAUUAUCUUUGAAUACAUUGAAACGAGUUGAAUAACACUAUGUGAUAUGCUUUUGGGCUCUGUGCAAAUUUUAAAACUAAAACAGGGAGAGAAAAUAGAUGUUAGUUAAUUGAAAAAAUACAACUUUUAAAAAGUUAUAUGGCAAGAAUUCUCAAUCUAACUUUUAAUACUCAGGUGUUUGUGUUUUUUUUUCUAUUAGUCAUUUUCUAAAGGGAAAACACUUAAAACUGGUACUGUUGGAGACUGUAGUGGAAAUCCAUAUCCUUAAAGCAUUUGCUUCAAAUUAGAUAUUUUGUUACUUUUUUCUUCAGAUAAAUUGGGGUGAUUACUCUGAAUAAAUCACUGCUGCUUUCUAUUUUGAGCCAUAUUAGAAUUUGUAUAAUUUUUUGUUUAAAAAAAGAAUUUUUAUUUAUGUAGAAAUUCAGCAUUAAGCAUCAAUUUAGGACAGAGGAGCUAGGUUAAUGAUGCUUGUCCUAUAGCUACAGAAAGACUGGGCACAUUAAUGCCCAAUAAAUAUAUAUAAUUGACCUUGGCCUAGAGCAAGUCUUUCCAGUUGGGGUAAUCUUAAGUGAUCCAUUCAAGUCUAGAGUAGCCCUGUAAGGCAGGGUCUGUUACUACGUUAGUUAAAUCUGCUCUAGAAGUGGCCCCAUAUAACUAAACUGAUUUUAUACUCCAGAGGUCUUCCAGACUAUGGAUGAAUGGAUGUGGACUACAUGUAGAUGACCCAGGAACUAUUCUUGACUAAUGUGGAUCCCUAAUUACCUGUCCCCCACCCCCAUUAGAUGGAUACCUCUGAGGGAUGAGUCUAAACCUUUUCCUGGGAGCAGGAAGGAAAGGGUCUUUCUCUUUCAUUCCUCUGAAUUGGGCUUGAAUUUGAAGCACUAAAUGCAAAAACAAAACAAACAAAACCUUUUUAUUCUGAGCCAUGUUAAAACUUGCCUAAUUUGUUUUGUAUGAAAGAACUUUGUAUUUUUUACGCUCCAUCAUUUUUUGAGAUAUGAGCAAGCAUACAUGCCACUAGAAUUGUGUCUGUAGUUAUACCCUGUGCAUAAUCUAAACAUUUCUUUUUGCCACAGUCUGCACACAACUUAAAACAUAUGCCAUAACCAGAAAACAUUUUGGAAAGGUAUUAAACCGUACAUAAAAUUGUACAUGGGCUAUGAUUUCUUAAUAUAGAAACCUAUUCAAUUCUGUAAAAUAUCUCCUUAAAACCUAUAUUUCAAACUGGUCACAUUAGCUUCAUUGGUGAGCCAAUAUUGGAUUGCCAUCAAACUUUAUUUUUUUAUCUUUUUACAUCCAAAUUACAUUUAUAACAUAUUGAAGAGAAAAUAUGCUUGCUUCUUACAAAACCAUAAUCUUAGGAUAUUUUCUGAAAUUAUUUUUUUAAAGUUAGCUUAUUCAAAUCUUUAGCUCUAUAAUUUUAUCAUGUUUAAGUAGUAAUCAUGAAAAAUUUAGAUUAUAUUAGUGCCUUAAUUUGGUUACCCUGUUUUCAGUUAGUAUCUUUGUCAUAGUUACCAAAGACAUUUUUUCAUUCUAAUUAAUAAAACCCUUUAAAAAUGCUAUCAUUGAGGAAUUCAAACCAAUGUCCACUUUAUAGGCCAUAUGAUGUUGGGCUUUUAAUAUAUAUAAAUAUGUUUUAGGACACUUGACUUGACCAAGAAUAUAUCUGAACCUAUGUGAUAAUGUUGAGUUGUGUUAUAACAGUCAAUUGUGUUUAGAAUAGCAUUUUGAUCAUAAGACCCAUAGUGGCGAUCUUUCUCUAUGCUUUGUAAUUGCUGUGAAAGAAUGCUGGUUACAGCAGUUCCUUGUCUUCUCAUCCUGUCUCCCAUUCUUCUUGCCACUUUCCCAUUAAUCCUUCAUAGUGUAUCUGUCCAACAUACCAAAGACUUUUGUGUUAUUCUCUUAGUGUCUCUCGGGUACCAGUGCAUCAUUUGGGCUGUUCCUUUGUCUUAUUUUUGGUAAAUGAUUUGCCCCUUCUCUUCUGCUUAUACAUGUCCAUGAUAAUGUCUCAUGCUGCUUCUCAUGGGCAUGUUGUCAUUGAUUACAUGCUGUAAUCUGUUUAUUAUGCUCACCAUUUGUCUUUCCACUGCAUCCUUUGGAUAAGUUGUAAUUUUUAUAAUUCCUCUCUGUAUUUGAAGUAAUAAUACUUGGAAUUUAGAUAUUCGCAACUUACAUAAAAUUUACCUAUGCAAGUCCAAUUCUGAAUGCCUAAUAUUUUGAUGAGUUUAUUGCUGUGGUCUUAGAAGAGCCACCCUCUGAAUUAGUCUUUUUACUGUGAAAGUGCCUAGCUGAAACAAAUACAGUUUUUAGAAAAAUAAAUAUCAACCAAAUAUGAAGUGGUAAUAAUUUCUAUUACUUUUCUUUACUGAAAAGAGAGAUUAUCUUGUCAACAAAUUGGUGAGGAGACAAAGUUAAUUGCGUUAAUCACAUUGAUUUUCAUCUUAAGGUUCUUUUAAAAUAAAGCUCAAAAUAAUUUAAACUCAAUAUCAGUAAAAAUGAUUUGGUUAGAUUGUUGAAUUAAGGUGGUUAGUUUCUUUCUCACCUAAAUUUCCAAUUGAACUUCAUUACAUAAUUUCAUUGCACAAAUGCUAUAUGCACUUCUUUUAAAAAUGCAUACCAUUUUAAUGGGUUACUUGUCAUUUUUAGGUCACUGUUCUAUUUGUUGAGCAUUCCAUGUUGUAUAAAAGGUCAGACUAUUUAUUCCAUUGUGGUAAAACACAUUGCUGUUGGCUUGUUGGAAAGGUGAAACAGUAUGUUUAUUCUGAAGAAUCAUUGCUAAUCUGGUAUUUUUUAAAAGUUGCUAUGUUCAUGAUUUUGCUGUUGAACAUUGAAAAAGAACACUGAGUACUAGUUUUUAUAGAGUUUAUUUUUUUAUAUUUUCAUAGAUGCUCCCUUCCCUACCAGUAGUUUUCCUCCAAUUUGAUAAUAAAUAUCCUGUACUUUACUCGUGUUCUUAAUAUAGCACAAACCAUUAGUUCUUUCUUAACUUUAUUCCCACCAACAUAAAUGCCAGAAAUGUGAAUAGCACUAAGAAUAAUGCAGUUGAAGGAAACACAUAAAAAGUCUCUGCGAUGUACUUUUGCGGAUUGAGAGUUUGCUUGACAUCUCUAUGUAUCUUGUAACCUGUGAUUCUAUUUUAAAGAAAAAUAGCAUGAAUUUUAAUUAAUAAUCAUACACUUGUUUCAAAAUAAAAUAUGUCUAAUUUGCUUCCUUAAUUGUUUUUAAAGGAAUACAGUCAACAAAACAACCCAAAGCUGAAGUAGAUAUUUAAAAAUAUCCAACUGUUAUAUUUUAGUUUGCUGGUCUAACUUGUGGCAUCCUUGCCCUUCCUGGAAAAGGAACACCCAAAAAUGCUUGUUUAAUUUCUUUUGUCUCUCUUUAAACAAUCACAAGUCACAUGUCCUCAUAAAUCUAGGAAAUCGUCCCGCUUUCUCACUUCCAAAAUUGCAUUGUACUGAAUUGCUGUUUACUAAAUACACACAUACUGUGAACAGGUUUUAAGUUUUUUAUGUCUUUUGUAAGGUUGUAUGUAGAAUAUGUUUCCUUUUUUAAAGAGAAUGUUAAAUAUGUUAAAAAAAACUUUUUCAGUUUGCUACAUAUAUUAAUAAAUCAUGUUUACUGAUUUGUUCUGUAAAGAUGUUCUGAGUACAAGUUGAGAGAAGGUUGGGAGAAACAUAAGCUUCAAAACUAUACCAUUUAUAUUUCAUGUAAUAAUUAACCCCUACAGAUUUACCUUCAAAUCUGAUCACAUGUGAAGUAUGCAGUAUCUAAAAAUGUAUAUUUAAUAAUACAAGAAAUCUCUUGAAGAAAUCAGAACUUAAAUCUUUGGGGUGCAAACAAUAUGGGUUAAAAUGAGUCACGUAAUUUGGAAGCCAUGGAAUAAACCCAUGAAGAGAACCUUUUACAUGGAAAUUUGAAAUUUUAUCUGUUGUCUUCUAUCAGUAACAAAUGUAGGGAUUUCUCCCCGGAACUAUGUUGUUACACCAUCUAUAGUUUGGAUAGGAGAAUCUGACUGAUUAGCAGGCAAGCAUUUGGAAAUAAUGUAUACUUUAAAAGUGAGAUUUAGUAUCACGUUGAAAAAUAUGGUUACAGCAAAGGCAUAGACUAUUAACUCAUGUAUUACUAAGACACCGUAAAUGUAAAACUAGUUUGCUUGGCUGUUAACUCUUGAAGUGUUGCUUAUGUCUGUUUUUAAAAUAUGCAUGUAUUUAACAGUUUUGCCAUAGUAUUGCCAUGAAAGUAAAUAAAUAUAUUUUCUUACACUCUAA